AUGGAGCAAGCGCCGACUCGCAACACAGCAAGUUCCCCCGAAGUAACGGGCCUCAACACCGAGUACUCGACACAGGCUUUAGACCGCAACGUCCUCGCCGCGCGUGGCAUAGGUGCGCCUACUCCACCUGCAUCAACAUCGCCACUGUCCCACGCCACCUGUCCGGCCGCAACAAAAGAGCUCCAGCGUGCCCCUCUCAUCGACGAAUGUAUCAAACGCCUGCAAGACGAGAAGAGGGAUAGUGUGAAGGCUUCUCCGAGCUUCAACACGACAGAGAUCCGGGGUCUGGCCAACAACAAAAUCGGAUUUGUCUCCGCGAUGCGGCUCUCCACGGUCCAGACACUCCUCGCCCGCUAUGUGUCCAUGAACGAUCUCGCAGCCCUUGCCAACGCAUGCUCGGCCAUUGGAGGUUCCCUGAACCUGGGAGAUGAACAUAGCAGGAAGAUGUUUGAGGGUUUGACCAAGAACAAUUGGAAGGCUCUUGAGAGCUUGCGUGGACCGCGCACCAAGCGGAAGCUCGAUGGUGGUGAGACUGUGUAUGCACCAUCAUUGCGCCCUCAGUUGCGAGAACGGAAGAAGCUCAGAGCUUUCGCCUCGGUUUUCAUACAUGACUAG